GGGUGUGGAGAGCCGGCGGGCAUCGCCGUGGCGCCCACUACGAUGGCGGCUACCGCGGCCCGGGGAAGUGGUAGCGGCUCCGGCACCAACUCUGGGCCCAGCGCCUCGCGGGGGUUCUAUUUCAACACAGUCCUUUCACUGGCCCGCUCCCUGGCCGUGCAGAGACCUGCAUCUUUGGAGAAGGUCCAAAAGCUGCUUUGCAUGUGUCCAGUAGAUUUCCAUGGGAUCUUCCAACUAGAUGAAAGACGGAGAGAUGCAGUAAUUGCAUUGGGCAUUUUUCUUAUUGAAUCUGAUCUUCAGCACAAAGAUUGUGUGGUUCCUUACCUUCUUCGACUUCUCAGAGGUCUUCCAAAAGUGUACUGGGUUGAAGAAAGCACAGCUCGGAAAGGCAGAGGCGCCCUCCCUGUUGCAGAGAGCUUCAGCUUCUGCCUGGUAACUUUGCUGUCUGAUGUGGCUUUUAGGGACCCUUCACUUAGGGAUGAGAUUUUAGAGGCACUUUUGCAGGUUUUGCAUGUCCUUCUGGGAAUGUGCCAGGCCUUGGAGAUUCAAGAAAAAGAAUACCUUUGCAAGUAUGCAAUUCCAUGCCUGAUAGGAAUCUCUCGAGCAUUUGGACGUUACAGCAACACAGAAGAAUCUCUCCUUUCAAAGCUCUUUCCCAAAGUCCCUCCUCAUUCCCUUCGAGUCCCAGAAGAGCUUGAAGGCAUUCGAAGGCGUUCCUUCAAUGACUUCCGCUCCAUCCUCCCCAGCAAUCUACUGACAGUCUGUCAGGAAGGCACCCUGAAGAGGAAAACCAGCAGUGUAUCCAGCAUUUCUCAGGUCAGCCCAGAACGUGGCAUGCCCCCUCCCAGUUCUCCUGGAGGAUCUGCCUUUCACUACUUUGAAGCCUCUUGCCUGUCAGAUGGGAUGUCCUUGGAACCUGAAUACUACUUCUUCACCAUCAGCUCCAGCUUCUCAGUCUCUCCCCUGUUCAAUGGUGUCACCUACAAGGAGUUCAGUAUUCCACUAGAAAUGCUCCGAGAACUCUUAAACUUGGUGAAGAAGAUUGUUGAAGAGCCUGUACUCAAAUCCUUGGACGCAAUUGUAGCUAGUGUGGUAGAGGCUAACUCCAGUAUUGAUCUCUAUUAUACAACCUUCAGUGACCCCCUCUACCUGACCAUGUUCAAGAUGUUACGUGACACUUUGUACUACAUGAAAGACCUUCCCACCUCCUUUGUGAAGGAGAUACAUGAUUUUGUGCUGGAACAGUUCAACACAAGCCAAGGAGAGCUCCAGAAGAUUCUUCAUGAUGCUGACCGGAUCCACAAUGAACUGAGUCCCCUCAAGCUGCGCUGCCAGGCAAAUGCUGCUUGUGUGGACCUCAUGGUAUGGGCUGUGAAGGAUGAACAAGGUGCAGAAAAUCUUUGCAUCAAGCUUUCUGAAAAGCUGCAGUCCAAGACAUCCAGCAAAGUCAUCAUUGCCCAUUUGCCCCUCCUUAUCUGCUGCUUGCAGGGUUUGGGCCGCCUGUGUGAGAGGUUCCCAGUGGUGGUACACUCAGUGACACCGUCCUUGAGAGACUUCCUGGUCAUCCCAUCCCCAGUGCUGGUGAAGCUCUAUAAAUACCACAAUCAAUACCAUACAGUUGCUGGCAAUGAUAUAAAAAUCAGUGUCACCAAUGAGCAUUCUGAAUCAACCCUGAAUGUCAUGUCGGGCAAGAAGAGCCAGCCGUCCAUGUAUGAGCAGCUCCGGGAUAUUGCCAUCGACAACAUCUGCAGAUGCUUGAAGGCUGGCUUGAUGGUGGACCCAGUGAUCGUGGAGGCUUUCCUGGCCAGCCUCUCCAACCGACUCUACAUCUCCCAAGAGAGCGACAAGGACGCUCACUUGAUUCCUGACCACACCAUCCGAGCCCUGGGACACAUUGCAGUGGCACUUAGAGACACUCCAAAAGUAAUGGAGCCAAUUCUGCAGAUCCUGCAGCAAAAAUUCUGUCAGCCCCCUUCACCCCUUGAUGUGCUCAUCAUUGACCAACUGGGCUGCCUUGUUAUCACUGGCAAUCAAUAUAUUUAUCAGGAAGUGUGGAAUCUCUUCCAGCAGAUCAGUGUGAAGGCCAGCUCAGUUGUAUAUUCAGCCACCAAGGAUUACAAGGACCAUGGCUAUAGGCACUGUUCCCUGGCAGUAAUUAAUGCCCUGGCCAACAUUGCAGCCAACAUCCAGGAGGAACAUCUUGUAGAUGAGUUGCUUAUGAACCUGCUGGAAUUGUUUGUGCAGCUGGGGCUUGAGGGAAAGCGAGCCAGCGAGAGGGCGAGUGAGAAGGGGCCUGCUCUGAAGGCUUCUAGCAGUGCAGGGAAUUUAGGAGUACUUAUUCCUGUGAUCGCUGUGCUUACCCGGCGAUUGCCACCCAUCAAGGAAGCUAAGCCUCGAUUACAGAAGCUCUUCCGGGACUUCUGGCUGUACUCGGUACUGAUGGGAUUUGCUGUGGAGGGCUCAGGACUCUGGCCAGAAGAGUGGUACGAGGGUGUCUGUGAAAUAGCUACCAAGUCACCACUGCUCACCUUUCCCAGCAAAGAGCCACUGCGAUCAGUCCUCCAAUACAACUCAGCCAUGAAAAAUGACACAGUCACCCCUGCUGAACUGAGUGAGCUCCGAAGCACCAUCAUCAACCUGCUGGAUCCUCCUCCUGAAGUGUCUGCCCUCAUUAACAAGUUAGACUUCGCCAUGUCUACCUAUCUCUUGUCUGUGUACCGGCUGGAGUACAUGAGGGUACUGCGUUCAACAGAUCCUGAUCGCUUCCAGGUAAUGUUCUGCUACUUUGAGGAUAAAGCUAUUCAGAAAGACAAAUCUGGGAUGAUGCAGUGUGUGAUCGCUGUUGCUGACAAAGUAUUUGAUGCUUUCCUGAACAUGAUGGCAGAUAAAGCUAAGACCAAGGAGAAUGAAGAGGAGCUGGAGAGGCAUGCCCAGUUUCUGCUGGUGAAUUUCAACCAUAUUCACAAAAGGAUAAGGAGAGUGGCUGACAAGUACCUGUCUGGUCUGGUAGAUAAGUUUCCUCAUUUGCUCUGGAGUGGGACUGUGCUGAAGACCAUGUUGGACAUCCUGCAGACCCUGUCACUGUCGCUGAGUGCUGAUAUUCACAAGGACCAGCCUUACUAUGACAUCCCCGACGCUCCCUAUCGAAUCACGGUUCCGGAUACAUGUGAAGCCCGAGAGAGCAUCGUGAAGGACUUUGCUGCACGCUGUGGGAUGAUCCUGCAGGAAGCCAUGAAGUGGGCACCCACAGUUACCAAGUCCCACUUACAGGAAUAUCUGAACAAACAUCAGAACUGGGUAUCAGGACUGUCUCAGCACACAGGACUGGCCAUGGCCACCGAGAGCAUUCUUCACUUCGCUGGCUACAACAAGCAAAAUACAACUCUUGGGGCAACUCAACUAACUGAACGCCCAGCCUGUGUGAAGAAAGAUUACUCCAACUUCAUGGCAUCCUUGAAUUUGCGUAACCGCUAUGCUGGAGAGGUAUAUGGAAUGAUUCGGUUCUCAGGUGCCAUGGGCCAGAUGUCUGACCUAAACAAAAUGAUGGUCCAAGAUCUGACUACAGCUUUAGACCACAGUAACCCCCAGCACUACACACAGGCCAUGUUUAAGCUGACCGCAAUGCUCAUUAGCAGCAAAGAUUGUGACCCUCAGCUCCUCCAUCAUCUGUGUUGGGGUCCCCUUCGGAUGUUCAAUGAGCACGGCAUGGAGACUGCCCUAGCCUGCUGGGAGUGGCUGCUGGCCGGCAAGAAUGGGGUGGAAGUGCCGUUUAUGCGGGAAAUGGCAGGGGCCUGGCACAUGACAGUGGAACAGAAGUUUGGCCUGUUUUCUGCCGAGACAAAGGAAGCAGACCCCCUUGCAGCAUCAGAAGCAAGUCAGCCUAGACCCUGUCCCCCUGAAGUGACUCCUCACUACAUCUGGAUUGAUUUCCUGGUGCAGCGAUUUGAGAUCGCCAAGUAUUGCAGCUCUGACCAGGUGGAGAUCUUUUCCAGUCUGCUGCAGCGCUCCAUGUCCUUGAACAUUGGAGGAGCCAAGGGGAGCAUGAACCGGCAUGUGGCAGCCAUCGGACCCCGCUUCAAACUUCUGACCCUUGGACUGUCUCUUUUGCAUGCUGACGUGGUUCCAAAUGCAACCAUCCGCAAUGUACUUCGUGAGAAGAUCUACUCAACUGCCUUUGACUACUUCAGUUGUCCCCCAAAGUUCCCUACUCAAGGAGAAAAGAGGCUACGUGAAGAUAUAAGCAUAAUGAUUAAAUUUUGGACUGCCAUGUUCUCUGAUAAGAAGUAUUUGACUGCCAGCCAGCUUGUUCCCCCAGAUAACCAAGACACUCGGAGUAAUCUGGAUAUAACUGUGGGCUCUCGGCAACAGGCCACGCAAGGCUGGAUCAAUACCUACCCCUUAUCCAGUGGCAUGUCAACCAUCUCUAAGAAGUCAGGCAUGUCUAAGAAAACUAACAGGGGUUCCCAGCUGCACAAGUACUACAUGAAGCGCAGGACACUGUUGCUGUCCUUGUUGGCUACCGAGAUUGAGCGUCUCAUCACUUGGUACAACCCACUGUCAGCCCCAGAGCUGGAGCUGGACCAGGCAGGAGAGAACAGUGUAGCUAAUUGGAGGUCGAAGUACAUCAGCCUGAGUGAGAAGCAGUGGAAGGACAAUGUGAACCUCGCCUGGAGCAUCUCUCCUUACCUGGCUGUGCAGCUACCAUCCAGGUUCAAGAACACAGAAGCCAUUGGGAACGAAGUGACACGUCUUGUUCGGUUGGACCCAGGAGCUGUUAGUGAUGUCCCUGAAGCUAUCAAGAUGGGCUAUGUACGUGAAUAUAUUCUGUGGGCAGCAUCUAAAUCUCAACUUCUAGCACAUCAGUUUAUCUGGAACAUGAAAACUAACAUCUACCUAGAUGAAGAGGGACACCAGAAAGACCCUGACAUUGGGGAUCUCCUGGAACAGUUAGUAGAAGAGAUCACAGGCUCCCUGUCUGGCCCCGCCAAGGAUUUCUACCAGCGGGAGUUUGAUUUCUUUAACAAAAUCACCAAUGUGUCUGCCAUCAUCAAGCCCUACCCUAAAGGCGAUGAGAGAAAGAAGGCUUGUCUGUCAGCUCUGUCUGAGGUGAAGGUACAGCCAGGCUGCUACCUACCUAGCAACCCAGAGGCCAUCGUGCUGGACAUCGACUACAAGUCAGGGACACCAAUGCAGAGUGCUGCAAAAGCCCCAUAUCUGGCUAAAUUUAAGGUGAAACGAUGUGGAGUGAGUGAACUUGAAAAAGAAGGUCUGCGGUGCUGCUCAGACUCGGAGGAUGAGUGCAGCAGGCAGGAGGCUGACGGCCAGAAGAUCUGCUGGCAAGCAGCCAUCUUCAAAGUGGGGGAUGACUGCCGGCAGGAUAUGCUGGCCCUGCAGAUCAUCGACCUCUUCAAGAACAUCUUCCAGCUUGUUGGCCUGGACCUCUUUGUUUUCCCUUACCGGGUGGUGGCCACUGCCCCUGGGUGUGGAGUGAUUGAAUGUAUCCCCGACUGCACCUCCCGAGACCAGCUGGGCCGCCAGACCGACUUUGGCAUGUAUGAUUACUUCACACGUCAAUAUGGGGAUGAGUCCACCCUGGCCUUCCAGCAGGCACGCUACAACUUUAUCCGAAGCAUGGCCGCCUACAGCCUUCUGCUGUUCCUGCUGCAGAUCAAAGACAGGCACAAUGGCAACAUCAUGCUGGACAAGAAGGGCCACAUCAUCCAUAUCGACUUUGGCUUCAUGUUCGAAAGCUCACCGGGUGGCAACCUUGGCUGGGAGCCAGACAUCAAGCUGACAGACGAGAUGGUGAUGAUCAUGGGGGGCAAGAUGGAGGCCACGCCAUUCAAAUGGUUCAUGGAGAUGUGCGUCCGAGGCUACCUAGCAGUGCGACCCUACAUGGAUGCAGUCGUCUCUCUGGUCACGCUCAUGUUGGACACAGGCCUGCCAUGUUUCCGAGGCCAGACAAUCAAGUUGCUGAAACACAGGUUUAGCCCCAACAUGACCGAGCGGGAGGCGGCAAAUUUCAUCAUGAAGGUGAUCCAAAGCUGUUUCCUCAGCAACAGGAGCCGGACCUACGACAUGAUCCAGUACUAUCAGAAUGAUAUCCCCUACUAAGGAGGGACUUUCUGAAGUCCAGCCCCUCUGCCCUGAGCCACCCAUUCUGAAGCCUCCUCAAUCAUGGAGCCUGUGAGCACUCCCACCCCUUGAUGCCCCAAGAGGCCCCACCUUGUGGUCACUGGGUGAGCUGCCUGCAGCCCCAUCAUCUCACCCAGCAGGGUUGUUUUAUAGUAAAAAGAACUGCAGCCCUCAGCAGCUGAGCUGCUCCCUAGGCGUGGCAUGAGUGUGGCAGUGCUUCGGUGACACCAGAGAGACUGAGUCGACAAUCGUGAUGGUGCUGUCUGCGCACAGGUGUGAAAUUGUCUGCACUGGACACGCUCCCUGCCUGUCUUCUUACAUAGGUACAUGAAGUAUUUUCUUGUGUAUAAGAAAAAAAUGCAACUUAAUAUUUAACCAAUGUGUACAAAAUAAAAACCCCAAAAUGUGCUGUAUUGGAAA